GAAUGUAUGGACCAGUGAGAUCAGAGCUCGAGCGAUGGAGAUGAAAUAUUUGAAGCUUCUUCUCUCCAACACUCUCUCUACGAGGCUCUCCGGACUCCUUCUCCUCCUCUCUUGCCUCUCAUUACAAGUCAAUGGUCAGUGUACUCUUAGAUCAGUCUCACUUCUCCCAAACACUAAUGAGUCCACACUCCAAUUGAAUUGUAAUGUAUCCGGAAUAUGGCUGCUUAACAAUGACAGUGUUCCUAGUGAACUAGUGGUGUCUAUGAGUUCUGAUAAUAGGACAGUUAGUCUUACCAUUGGUUUCUCAGAAGAUGGUGCUGUUAUAACUGUUAAAGGUCAUGAAAAUUACUGUUGCUUUAAUUUGUCUGUUACUGUUACUCCUUCAGUUACUGUUACUCCUUCAGUUACUGUUACUCCUUCUUCUACUCCUUCGCCAACUCCUUUUAACAUGCUCAUUGUCUUUGGUAUUGCUGGAGGAGGUGCUCUGGUUGUUGCUGUACUGAUUAUUAUUAUUAUAUGUGUGAUUGUCAUCUGCUGCUGUCUAAUAAGGAGACAGAGAGAAAGUCCCAGUAGUCCACUAAUAAGAAGCAAGAGUGCUGGUAGUAGAAUGGAGAAAGGAGGGGGUACCUCAAUAAUUAGACGCUCGAUACGAAAAUCCCGUGUAAUGGACCCGAUCGACGUGUACCGCAAGAAAAAUCAGUCGGAGGUUAUGAACACUCACCCUACCAUUCACAACUAUCAGUUCCCGGCUCACCUUGCUGUAAUGAGGAUGAACGAUAACCAGAGGUUUAUGGAAGAGUUUGGUACGAUACCGAUGAAUCCUGGUCAUCCAAAGGAGGUCGCUAAUUAUGAGUGUAACUUGGCCAAGAAUCGGUAUGAUAAUAUCUUGCCUUAUGAUCAUACGAGGGUUAAACUAUCGACUGUUAAGUGGCAGGAGGGAUCUGAUUAUAUUAACGCUAGCUUCCUUGAUGGUUUUAUGAAGCCACAACAAUACAUAGCAACACAAGGUCCUAUGGCUGAGACAAUUGGUGAGUUCUGGAGGAUGGUCUGGGAACAGAACAGUGCGACCAUUGUCAUGGUAACCAAACUACAAGAGAAAUCAACGGUAAAGUGUGAUUGCUAUUGGCCGACUGAUGUCAACGAGAGGUGUACGUAUGGAGGAGUUGAAGUGACGCUAGUGGAGUGUGUCCCUCUUGCCAAUUAUACUUUUAGAACAUUCACCAUUAUGAAAGGAGGUACAUCAAAAGACCUAAGAGAAGUCAGACAGUUUCAUUUCACAGCCUGGCCUGAUCAUGGCGUCCCUGAGUUCCCUACCUCCAUGUUAUCGAUGAUUCGCUGCGUCCGAGCACACCACAACCGCCUGCCACCAGACACUGGCCCAAUGAUAGUCCACUGUAGUGCUGGAGUGGGUAGAACUGGUACCUUUGUAGUCAUUGACAGUAUGCUCCAGAGAAUACUCCAUGGAGAGGAUAAUGUUGAUAUUUAUGGACAUGUCACUUUGCUUAGGAAUCAGAGGAACUUCAUGGUCCAGACUGAGGAUCAAUAUUUCUUUAUUCAUGAGGCUAUCAAUGAGGCCAUUGCUUGUGGUGUAACUGAUGUCACUUCAGAUCAGUUCCCAGUUCAUUUAGACAAACUGGAGCUAAUACAAGAAGACGGUGAGAGCUCUCUACUGGAAAUGGAGUUUCAGCGUCUAGCGACAGACAGGACAGAGCCACACAGAUUUGCCAGUGCCACUAAGAAUGUCAACAAAGGAAAGAACAGAUUCGUCAACAUUAUGCCAUAUGAGUACAACAGAGUAAAACUUAGUUUCAUCAGAGCUACUGAAGGAUCAGAUUAUAUUAAUGCCAGUUAUAUUGAUAGCUACAGACAGCAGAGAGCAUACCUUGCUACACAGGGUCCAAUGAAGAACACUGUGGAAGAUUUCUGGAGAAUGAUAUGGGAACACAAGAGCAAAAUAAUAGUAAUGUUAACGAAACUGGAGGAGAAGCAGCAAGAGUGUAGCUUUCUUUAUUGGUCCGACCUUGAGAGCAGACAGUUUGGUGAGAUCACCAUUGAACUAAUAAAGAAGAAAGAGGAGAUUGACUAUCUACACAGACAAUUUAAAAUAGCACACUUAGAGCAACCUGAAGCUAGUUACACACUCCACCACUUCCAGUUCCUGGGUUGGCCUGAAAGAGGUGUCCCAGUGUCUGCCCUCCCUCUCCUUCAAAUGAUACAAAAUGUUCAAGAGCUUUACAUCACAUUAAGAACCACUGAACCGAUAACAGUAAUGUGCAGUUCUGGUGUUGGUAGGACUGGUGUGUUUAUAGCGUUGGGUAUUGUACUGGAGAGAUACUCAGUUGAAGGAAUGAUUGACCUCUUUCAAACUGUAAAGACUCUCAGAAUACAAAGAUCAGCCAUGGUCCAGACCAGAGUAAGAAAAGAGAGAGAGAGAGAGGGAGAGGAGGAGGAGGAGGGCAAUUAA